CCGAUCGGUACGCCAACUAAUCAGUCUCCAGUAAUUAUCAUGUUUCCCGGAUGGCCUGAUGAUACGAUCCGAUCCCAUGCAUUGGGUCUCUGGGCAUCGUCAGCACAGCAGCCGGGCUAUAAGCUUUCUAGUUUCGUUAUAACCUGAGCUGACAUCCCGCCCAAGCACGCCGCGUACAGUUGACCUGCUCCUCCGCUGAUCCGCUCUGCAUCAAGAACCCAAGAUCCAAGCUAGCUAGGCCGCCGCGGAAGCCAUGGAUGAUCCGCAGCAAGCAGAGACAGCUCCGCCGGAAGACGCGCCCGCGCGCCCCCUGCUGCACUCGGUGCGCGGCGUCUUCCUCAACUACAUCGGGCACUGGCGGCCACGGUUCUUCGCCCGUCCGUCGGCGCGCCCCGCGGGCGCGCCCGACUACGGUGACCUCGACUUCCUCCCCGACUAUAGCCGGGGUUACAACUCCAUCCUGGAUCACUGCAACGGCCUCCUGCUCUACGGCAACGCCUGGCUGUACUGCGUGGUGAACACCGCCACGAGGCGGUGGGAGCGUCUCCCGCGCAUGGACGCCAACAACUACGUCCCGUAUCUGGUCUUCGACCCCGCCCUGUCGCAUGGCUACGAGGUGCUCCUGUUCCGCCGCGAGCCCGACAAGCCCAAGAAGUUCGACCUCGUUGAGUUUCUGUCUUUGCUGGAUGACAUGUCGGGUGUCGAGGAGGACGCAGAGAAUGAGGACCAAGAUGAGCCGGCUGUAGAACCUUUGCCAAGACAGUCCAUCGAUGACUUGCAUCGUUUGACGGAAUGGCCACCGUCACAAUGGACGCUGCCUGUGUUCUCAUCGGCUACUGGAGAGUGGCGGGAGAGGUCACAUUUGUCCGGGAAGGAGAGGCUGUCAAGACGAUGGCCAGUAUGCAACAACCGAUGGAAUGGGGCCCAAGAUGGCGUUACAGUGUGUAUUGGCGAGGCGCGCUUUACGUCCAUUGUCGUGGUGCAUUUGUUGCAAGGUUAUCUUUAUUAGAUGGUAAAUACCGGGUAUUUAAUACACCAAUAGAUUUUGAGGAAAGCAAACAUGCAUGUCCUUAUCUUGGGAAGUCGGAAAAAGGGGUGUACUUUGCGACAAUUCACAAGUACAACAACCUUCUUCGCGUUUGGAACCUCGGUGAAUCAAGCGGUCCAAUAGAUUGGGUACUAAAGCAUACCAUCGAGCUUGAUGAAUCUACUUUGUGGGCCGCGGCGCGUUUCUACCAACACGAGAUUAAUGGACCUUGGAUCUUAGAGGACAAUAACAAUGAUGAUGUGGAAGAAAAGAUGGUGCCGCUAAAAGAAAAUAUUGAAUGCAACUCCGAUGAUGAUAAUGUAAUGAGUAACCAAGGUGGUUGUGAAGAACAGUAUAGUCACAUUUAUUUCUUGGGUUUUCACCCGUACAAAGAGGUAAUUUUCUUAAGGUUGUCAUUUACAGGAGUGGCUUAUCAUUUGAAUAGCUCAAAAGUCCAAUACCUCGGAAAACUACACCCAAAAGAUUACUGCACAGCGUAUUCAAAUGGCAUAUAUGAAUCAUUUAUGUACACUCCCUGCAUGGUUGGGGAGCUUUCAGAGACUCCUCCAUAAUAUGUACGCAAAGGUUACCAUAUGUGAACUGCAAAUGGUUCAACAGUGCAAGAAAAAGUGUAUCCUAAAGUUCGAGUCUUAUUUUCAGCCAUGAAUACCAUAUUAUUUUAUACAUUUCGCAAUCUUCUGAGGUAGUUUGUCAUCUGGUUAUGUAAUUUGUACUUUUUAUGCAUUCGAACCAAUCAGUUGUCUUCUUGCAUAGUUCUA